UCGAUUCAGUGCUCGUCGCUUCUGCCUAAAUAACAGAGAGUCGCGCUGCAAAAGCAUCGCGUUUUUUUUGUUGUGUUUGUUUGUUUUUAAAAGCGCGUUUUGGCCCGGCUCAGCCCGGCCCGGCCUGGUCUGAUCUGGUCUGGUCUGCGCGUUGUGCAUGUGCAAAGGGAAACAGCCGACAGCGCAGGCUAAUGGCAGCGUGGCUUAUCGCUGCCACAAACGCACGUCAAGUUGCCCGUGAACUUUGUCACAUUUCGGAGCCAUGUCCACCCCGCUGCUGACGAGGCUCGGCAGGAGAGCGAUAUUGGCGAUCGGCGGGAGGAGCGGAGGCACGGACGCACUUUCAGGAGUUCAUCCGGUUGCGCGGCGCUUCAUCAUAGAUAUGUCCUACUCGGCGCACUUCAUGGAUUUUAAAGGAUCCUCCAUACCGAGCAGCAUGAAAAAGCUGGUCGUAACCAAGCUCAGUCCCAAUUUCAGAGAGGCCGUUUCCGUGCAGACCGUCGCCGUUCCCACGCCCGGAGACGCGGACUUGCUCGUCAGAAAUCGUUUUGUUGGAAUCAACGCCUCUGAUAUUAAUUACUCAGCAGGCCGCUAUGACCCCACGGUGAAGCCUCCCUUUGAUGCCGGUUUUGAGGGCAUUGGUGAGGUUGUCGGCCUUGGCCUUAGCGCUAGCUCCCGUUACACCAUCGGGGAUACUGUGGCCUACUUCGGCAGCGGUUCAUUUGCAGAGUACACAGUGGUGCCGGCCAAGGAAAGUGUGCCCGUCCCCUCUGUGAAACCGGAGUUCCUAACCCUGCUGGUCAGCGGUGCCACGGCCUACAUCGCCUUGAAACGCCUGGGCGACCUGGCCAAAGGUGAGACCGUCCUGGUCACGGCAGCUGCGGGAGGGACGGGGCAGUUCGCCGUGCAGUUUGCCAAACAGGCUGGUUGCCACGUGAUCGGGACCUGUUCGUCCAACGAGAAAGCGGGCUUUCUUAAAUCCCUCAAGUGCGACAGGCCAAUCAACUACACCGCAGAAGACCUGGCUAACACGCUGAGGAAAGAGUACCCGAAGGGCAUAGAUGUCGUCUACGAGUCCGUCGGAGGCAGCGUCUUAGAACUCGCAGUGAACAGUUUGGCCACUAAAGGCCGGCUGAUAGUGAUCGGCUUCAUCUCGGGGUACCAGACCGCGUCCGGGAUCCCACCUUUCAAGGGGGGAACGCUGCCGGUCAAACUGCUCCAGAGGUCGGCCAGCGUUCGAGGCUUCUUCCUGCCGCACUUCACCAGCGACUACAGGGAGGCUCUGAGUAGCAUGAUGCAGAUGUUCGCCAAAGGGAAGCUGGUGUGCGAGGUGGACUGUGGGGACUUGGCACAGGGGGGGAGAUUCGUGGGCUUGGAGGCAGUUUUCCGGGCCGUGGACUACUUGUACGCUGGGAAGAACCUGGGAAAGGUCGUGGUCGAAGUGGCACCACCCUCCGUUAGUAAUAGUGUGACCCCAGCAUGCAAAGCUGCUACCUUCACCAGACGGCGCAGGAAAUCAGAAACGCACCAGGCCAAUGGCGAUUUUGAAACCAGAGAGGAGGAAGUGAGAGCACCAGUCAAAGUCACUGUCAGCGGCACAGACAGCGGCCACUUCCAGCGUCCCCCUUUUAGCCUAUCUAUCUAAUGGCGUGCAUUCACAAUUAUUUUUAAUUAUGAUGAGUGCCAACAUCUGUGAGUUGCUGUGUCUCUCUUUCUUUUUUCUUUUUUUUAAUACACUGCUAAUUAAUUUACCAGCUUUCAACAUCACUUCCCUUGUACGUUUUAAAAACACCAGUGCAAAGUUUUGCAGUCACUUAUAUUGUUAAACAUGAAAACACCCUGUCACAUCCAUGAUCUGGAGCAUCCCGCCGUAGAACACGCUGCAUUUGUGAUCCACGAGAUUUAAAAGUUGGUUUAGCAUAUUGCUGACUUGUAAUGCUUUUAGAGAGUACUGAAUUAAAAGCAGACACGGAAGGGUGAGUUUAACCGAGCAGCCCGACAAACAACCUUUAAAUUGUUGCCGUCCCCUUUGUAACAAUGCUGUUUGCUCAGGUGCAAUAAUGGGAAAGCAAGCUCUUACAUGCCAGCCACAAAAAAAAAAAAAAAAAGGUGAGAGAGGUGGUGAUGCGCGCGGAUGUUUAGAUGAAUUUAGCAUGCUUGAGUACUGUGUGCAUCCACGUCGGACUGCGAGGAGGAGGAGGAGGAGGCCAGGUUUAGCAUCUCUUCAAUUAACAGGAGAGGCCUUGUCUCGGCGUCCUCCGGGGCCUACCUGUACCUCCGCUGAUUAGUGAGCAGUCACAGCCCCAAUUAGAGAACACAGGAACCUGGAGAGACAACACUCUUUAUUUAAUUGGAUUGUGUUGCAGUCCUAGCCUGCUAACUGGCAUCGCGCUGAAGCAGCCGGGAACUGCUGAGCGUAAACAAGACAUUAAAGACAGAAAAGGUCUUCUGGAGAGGACUGCCGUGUGAUGGCGGAACUGGUGGGAGGAACUCUUCAUUCAAGGAAUUACGCUAAGCGUCUCCGUCGUUUUGGUGA